AUCUUCUUUAUGCACUAAGAGCUUGUAACACUCCAAAGAGAAAGGAAAACAUUACAUGACCCCUUUAAAUGUGAGAAUUUUGCUAAACAUUUUAAACGGGUUAACUUGUGUCACUUCAUAGCUGUAAUAUCCAGCCGUACCUGUUUUCACCCUGUGUGUCUUCCGUCCUUUCACAAAGCCACUCCUUACCUCCACGUCAACAUUACUCAUUUCCUACACAAAGUGUUGCUGUGGCAUCAGUAUAUCCUGUCUUAGCUGGAGAAGCUGGUGUGGCUGCUGUCCCUCCCUAAUGCCUGUUUCUCCAGGCUAUGCACGUCUUAAGCAAAAUGAGCCUAUGAACUCUCUACGCAUCUCUGUUGGAGGGCUCCCAAUGCUGGCUUCUAUGACCAACACCACAGACCCCCGCUUCCGCAUCAAAUGGAAAGCCAUUGUGGUGGUAGCGUCAGCACUAACCCUUGCCCUCCUCAUCUACAUGCAGUUUUUGGCCUUUCACCCCCAACCCAGAGGCAAAUAUGGUUUGAGGUUAAACCAUCAGGAGGUGAGAACAGAGGGCCGCUACAAUGACACAUACCCCCUCAGUCCACCAGAGCGCACGGCGCAGGGCACACGCUACCGAAUAGGGGUCAUCGCGGACCUGGACACGAACUCACUCAGUGACAAGAAGCUGACCUGGUUCAGCUACAUGCUGAAGGGUCACCUCCUGGUGUCGGAGAGUGGGGAUACAGUGGCAGUCGAAUGGGAUCAGGACAGGGUGAUCUUGGAAAGUCACCUGGCAGAGAAGGGUCGGGGCAUGGAGCUCUCCGAAUUAGUGGUGUUUAAUGGCAAACUGUACAGCGUGGAUGAUCGUACGGGUGUUGUAUAUAAUAUAGAUGGACUUAAGGCAGUUCCCUGGGUCAUACUGCCAGAUGGGGAUGGCUCAGUUUCAAAAGGGUUUAAGGCCGAGUGGCUUGCAGUAAAGGAUGAGCACCUGUAUGUGGGGGGUUUGGGGAAGGAGUGGACCACCACCAACGGAGAAGUGCUGAAUGACAAUCCUGAGUGGGUAAAAGUUGUGGGAUUCCAUGGAGAUGUACAGCACCAGAACUGGGUUCCUAAGUAUAGCGCUCUCCGCAGCGCUGCAGGCAUCAGCCCACCCGGGUACCUCAUACACGAGUCUGCAGCUUGGAGUGACACAUUACAACGCUGGUUCUUCCUGCCACGACGUGCUAGCAGCGAUCGAUACGAUGAGACAGCAGAUGAGCGACGGGGCACCAAUCUAAUGCUCAGCUGCUCGCCAGACUUCCAGGACAUUAAAGUGAGAAACGUUGGGCCCCUGAACCCUACGCAUGGCUUUUCAUCCUUUAAGUUUGUCCCCGACACAGAUGAUCAGAUUAUUGUUGCUCUAAAGUCUGAGGAGGAUGCAGGGAAAUUGCCACUUACAUUGUGGUGUUCACCCUGGAUGGCCGAAUCCUGCUUUCUGAAACUAAGAUUGGCGACGUGAAGUAUGAGGGACUUGAAUUCAUUUAGUGUCAAAGGAAUUGCAUGAAGGUAAAUAUAUGCCAAGGACUGUUAAAUACCUUCUUCUAGAUGAUGUACAUCUAGAUGUGGACAUUGAGGUGUCUUUAUGUUGAAAUAGUUGAAUGAUGUUCAAAUAAUGCCAACUGGCUAUUGGCAGCCAUUGCCUCAAAUGUGAUUGUGGUUAUAGAGACUAAAGGAACUAGUACACGUUGAACCUUUAUUUUAAAAGAUUUAACAGAGCCUUCAUCAUUUUUAUUUUUUAUUGCCAUUUUCAACAAUGACCAUUAGUGGUUUCACGCCAGUACUGUACUUACUGUGUAAUGAAUGUAACAGAAUGAAUGAAGUGAAAUGAUAGACUGUAGUACAUGCAUAAAAUAGUUUACUGUACACAGAUUAUUGCAGUUGCCAUGUAGUUUUGUUGAAAGUCUUUUUUAAAUAGUUUAUUUUUGUUUGUUUUUUACAUUCUUGAUCAGUGUCUUCAGCUACAGUCAGAUCAGCUACUUUUAAAAAUAACUAAAAAAAAUUGAACUGUCACAAAAUCAACUUUACUUUUCAUUGAUGCACCAGAGCUAUUUAUUUGUUGUUGCUGUUUUUUUGUUUGUUUGUUUUUUGUUUUUUUGAAAACAACAGAUUGAAGGUUUUUAAGAAAGAGUUUAGUGUACCUCAUUUUUUAUCCAGUUGUUUGAAUUAGUCUGUUUAUAUGGUUUUAGGGAUUUUGUUAAAAAAAAUAAACAAAAUUAAUCACAUUUGAUUUGAAUGCACAGGACAUUCUGUGGUUGUAGAACGUUUUGAAUUUAUUUAUUCAUAAUCACUAAAUGGCUAAAUUAAAUAUUUGGGUUUUUCUUAGAGAUUUGGAAUUUCAAAUUGAGCCAGUAAGCAAGCACUCAGAACUUUUUCCCAUAAGCAUUUUUGCACUCCCUGAGACCCCCCAGUGGUUAGCCUAUGUGAUAGACACCCCUCUGCUCCAACCUUGAAGGAUCUGCCUGUGAGAAAGGACCAGUGAAGAGAAGUACCAGCAGUGCUCUUUUCUGAGAGAGCAUUGUUUUGUUUUAAGAAAGCAAUUGUACCAACUUAUAAUAUAGUAAUAAGAGCUCUCCUCUGAGUUUGAGUCCACACUCAAGAGUAUUAAAAGUAACACUGAAGCAGUGUUGCAGUUAAUUAGAUAAUUAAGUGAUUAAUUGAGUGAUGACUUACCAUUAGUGAAGACAACUAACUGUAACAGGCAGAAUCAGUGAAGGAAAUAGUCACCAUUAUGGUGGUCAGUGUUUUGUUUACUUUAGUUGGACUCUUGACUCUUGGCUUUUUAAUAUGUAAGGAUGAAAGAAACUCCGAUACCUGAGAAACAGACGAUACAAACAUACACAGGCAUCUUCGAGACACCCCACAGAGUGGAGGUGCAGGAAACGCCUCUCUCACAUAUGCAUCAGUUCCUUUUCAUCCCCUUCCUUCCCCUUACCCAUCCUCUUGCCACUUGGUUCAUUCAUAUUGGUCAAUAGUAUAAUUUUCUACUUGAAUGCAAGUAAUAUUACCAGUCGUGUUUGGUAUCAAUUUAAUAGUCGCAGGGCGAGUGGUACAAUGGUCAUAAUCUUACAAAAGCACACUAAAAGAUAAUACCUUUGUAUUAUCUUUAGGCGUCCUUUGUAAGAUUAUGACCAUUAUAAGAGUCAAGAGAUAUUUUGAUUAAUGUAGAGGGUGUGUAAUUCCAUGGAAAUUACCUUCCGUUGCCACUGAGGUGUAAACCACCCAGGUCUGGGAAUUUGGGACCUUAUCUUGGUUGUGUAUUUCAAGGAUUGCAGCAAAAGGGUCGGGGUGAUUCUGUAGCCAAAAAGGCCCGUAGGGUGGUGUGUGUCUCUGCACUCCAUACUAUGUAUUUUCUAAGGUCAGUUAUGCAUAUUUUACUCUUAGAUUCAUCUUUGAGAAUUUGAUGUCUUGUAUUGAUUUGAUAUCUUUGAAUUGGCUAUGUAACUGGCAUAAUACAUAUUUACCUGAUUGAUAAUAAAUUGUUACAUUUGAUUUUAUUCUGACCUACUCUGAAAUUAUUUUCUCAAGUAGAUUAAGUAAAGGUGUAACAUACACCGCAAAUCUGCGUCUAGGUUUAGUACAUACUAAAUCUCAGGUUAAAGUGAAAAGUGAAUUGAAUUGAAUUGAACGCCUUUAUUGUCAUUGUAUUUUUCUGCAUACAACGAAAUUAGGAGCACUGCUCCUGACUGGUGUUAGAAAA